UGUACCAGCUUGUCUAAUGCUAUUUGGGCGUAACGUAACUCGAACAUAUGCAUUGCAACCACAUUUAGCUAACGUCCGGUAGAAAAAAGGCCGCAAUUAUUUUGGCCAGCGAAUAAUACUGUUUAUGCGCCUCUUUGUGAGUGUGAUAUACUGGAAUACCAAACGGAAGUAACCAUACCACACACUGCUGUUAUUAUCGACGUACAGUCAGUAAGGUAGCUAGACUGUGUUAGUUGCUUGUCUGUCUGCUCUGAAAGAGACGAUCUUUUCCGUCAAUACAAAGACAAAACUGGAAUAUAUUUUGAAGUGAUAUUAUACGAUACAAACCAGCAUCAUGAGUAUGUUCCCUUUUAAAUUCGGGAAGUCGAAGGAAUCCUCGCAUAAGUCGCCAAAGACUUCCAAAGAAGACCAUUUGAAUAACAUGAAAGCAUUUCUAACGGAGGCGAAGGAAGAUUUUCUAAAGAAAUGGGAGACUCCAGUUCAGAACAAUUCAGCACUAGAAGAUUUCGAAAGACUGAAAACCCUCGGCACAGGAUCAUUUGGGAGAGUUAUGCUUGUCAAACACAAGAAAACCGAAAACUACUAUGCAAUGAAAAUUUUAGAUAAACAAAAGGUAGUCAAACUGAAACAAGUUGAACACACAUUGAAUGAGAAGAAAAUUCUACAAGCAGUUAGUUUUCCCUUCCUCGUCAGCAUGGAAUAUUCUUUCAAGGACAACAGCAACUUAUACAUGGUCCUAGAUUUCAUUAUGGGAGGAGAGAUGUUCUCACAUUUGAGGAGAAUUGGGAGAUUCAGCGAGCCUCAUUCACGGUUCUACGCAGCACAGAUUGUCCUUGCAUUUGAAUAUCUCCAUUAUCUCGAUAUUAUAUACAGAGAUUUGAAACCAGAGAAUCUUCUUAUUGAUCAACAAGGAUAUCUUCAGGUGACUGACUUCGGAUUUGCAAAAAGAGUGAAAGGAAGGACAUGGACACUAUGUGGCACACCAGAGUACCUCGCUCCUGAAAUUAUCCUCAGCAAGGGUUACAACAAGGCAGUUGACUGGUGGGCACUUGGUGUUUUGAUCUAUGAAAUGGCUGCUGGGUAUCCUCCAUUCUUUGCUGAUCAACCUAUACAAAUUUAUGAAAAGAUUGUUUCUGGAAAGGUUCGUUUCCCAUCUCAUUUCACUUCUGAACUGAAGGAUUUGCUUCGUAAUUUACUUCAAGUUGAUUUGACAAAACGUUACGGGAAUUUGAAGAACGGUGUUGCUGAUAUCAAAGGUCACAGGUGGUUUUCUGCCAUCGACUGGAUUGCAAUCUAUCAGAGAAAGGUCGAGGCACCAUUCAUCCCUAAAUUCAAGCAUGCUGGGGAUUCGAGCAACUUUGACGACUACGAGGAAGAACAACUCCGAAUCCAUUCGACGGAAAAACACGCCAAAGAAUUUGCAGAUUUUUGAUUUGUUCGACAACUUGCGUGGCUCACUAUGCCAAGUCGAACCUUUAAAUUUCAAUUAGUAAAUGAAGACUGAAUACAGCUUCCCCCACUAUGGACGUGGUCAUAUCUGGAUUAAACAUAGCUUAGAGAGUAUUCCCACAUGUAUCUAUCGUACUCGAAUGCUGAGACUCGUUGGAUAAUUUGAAAUUUUUGUUUUCAGAAAUUCUGCAUUUUUCCUUCACAAAAUUUGUGAAUGAUAUCAAAAAGCACAAAAUUUGAACUAAAAAAUCACAGAUUUUUUUAGUUUGAACCAGAAAUUUCAAUACCAAAGGACUAAAUAUGGCUAAUUUUGGUUUCUUUUUCAAUAAAAUUUGGUAUAGCAUGAUGAGUGCCAGAUUUUUCAACCAGUUUUUGCCCGAAUGUCAACGAAAAACUAAAAUUGGUUUCGGAGUCUAUUCGAAUGAAAAAAAAAAGGGAAAUUUGUUUUAAAAUUAAAUUAGGACUAUUGCAGGGUUCUUGUUUAUACCCAUUCUUCUUUCUUAUAUAUAUAAAUAUGUGAAUACUCACAAUUUAGAGUCUGUAGGGGGGAGCGUUCAGAUGAAGGAAAACACAACAUUAGUAUGUAUGAGACAUGAUUAUAAAUGAUUUUGUUUUUACCGUUUUCCAUAUAAACCUAUUCUAUAUUCAGGAUUGCUAUUUUGAAACUUACAUAAUGUUAAUUUUAUUGUUCCACUGUUCACUAGCGCUCUCUUUACCACAAGGUGGCGUUGAUUUGUGACUUUUGUGAUCAUUCAACCAGAAAAUGGUUACAGUUAAAUUGUAGAUUUUUUGUUUUCGUUUAUAUGAACAAACAAUUUUGAACUUUUCUGCGGUUACCAUUGGCUAACAUAUGGUCCGAUUGUGGCAAUUUGCCCGCAUUGGGUUUAAAAUUUUGAACACAGAUUUUUUUAUAAAUUUUGCCUGUUUUUUUUCCGUCAGCUAUUUUUGAAGACAAAAAUUAUCCAGAACUUCUACUCCGUAACAAUAAGACGUUGCUUUUAUAACUUAGAUAAAUUUUAUCAUUUUAAUUUCUUUUUUGUUUCAAUUUGUUGUUGAUCUUUUUCUCGCAUAGUAGAGAAACUUCAGUUAGAAAUUUACCUAUAGGGAUUGGUUAAGUCAAUGGACGUUGAUUUUCUUCCUUUUUCAAGAACGAUAAAAAAAUACCAAGUUGAAUAUUAACGGACAUGAAUACUUGAUUCUUGACUAAAAAAGGUGCGACAAUUCAAGAUUAGACUCAAAUUUUAUGACCGUCGGCAUCCUUCUGAAGACCCAUAACACUUUGUGCCCCUUGUUCUUCUUCUUCAAAGAAAAACUGUUUUUAGAGGGGUUUUCAUCAGUUUUCUUAUUCGCUGCUACCGGUAUUAGUAAAUAACAGCAAACUUGCAUAUUGGUUGAACAAUUAGACAAAUCAUCGUCAAUUUAAUUUAUUGUAGUCAUCGCAAAGUUGAAAAACCUGGAUUAGUUCUCCCUCCUUUGUAUAUCAAGGGGCUAGCUACUAAAUUUGUGGCUAUGUUAUAGGAUUCGUCCACUUUUUUGUGACAAGGCUGCUGAUUACGAAAUUUAGCAUUGGUUGUCUUACCAUAAGAUUGUCUGUUAUAAAAGGAUCAAACUUGUUAUAAAAGGAUCAAAUUUACUGUUUUGUGUCGACUGAUAAUUAAGAUCUGAUAUGUUUUGGGUGUAUAUGGUAAAAGUUUUUGGCAAAAACGGGAAAUAUGUGAAUUUUUCACUUUUUAAAAGGCAAAACUUUUCAAUUACCUGACAACAUAGUAUUAUAUUGACUGCCUUUCCCCCUUGGUAAAUUUCCAAAUGAUAAACUUACCUAAAGGAGUUAUCAGUUUAUCACUAUUAAUUACUUAACCCAAGCGAGUUUGUUUCCGUACAAGUUAUUGCAAACUUGAUGACGUCAUACUAUUAUUAUUAAUACGUCAUUCUAUUAUGACGUCAUUUAAGCGUCAUCGAUUUCAUAACAAGUCUAUUUCUAAUUCCUGUUAGUUUGAGUUCACGGUGUUGUUUUCGUUGCUGUUAUAUUUUUGGUUUGUAUUAUUUUACAAUUUCGUUUUCGAGAAUUUUGCAAAUUUUCUGACCCCGAAAAAACUCCCCGAAUCGGACCUUUCGGCCCUAAAAAUUUUGUCACCAUUGUUUUGAUUAUUUUAAUAAACCAUGUCUCUUUGAUGACGUGUGAA